AUGCUGGCUCGACUGAUCCGUCCAUCGCUGGCAGCGGUGCGUCUGCCCGCGAUGCAGAUGGCCACAUUCAAGACCAUCAAGCGAGAGCCAAAGACCGUCAACAUCUACGAGCGACACCCCCGACGUCUGGGUACCGAGAACGCUCUUACACACGUCACUGACAAGCUGAUGAAGCAGUUUGAUCCCCAGGGCGUCAAGAUGGAGCUGAUGAACCCCAAAUCCGCUGACCGAAUCAAGCCCGGAGACAUUGUGCAGAUCAAGACCACUGAUGGCUCUCUGUUCACGGGCCUCACCAUGGUGGUGGACUUCCGAGGACUGUCCUCUAACCUGCUGCUGCGAUCUAAGAUCACCAAGAUCGGAAUCGACCGACGAUUCAAGAUCUUCUCUCCAACCGUCGAGUCUGUCAAGAUUAUCCGACGGGCCACCCAGAAGUACACCGCCGAGCGUCUGUACUACAUCCGAGGCCACAAGCGUCUGGAUGUUGGCGAUCUCGAGGCCUCCGUCAAGAAGGCAGCCGCCAAGCGAAAGAAGUUCCUCUUCAAGUAA